AUGACAAUUGCUUCAGUUACCCCAAAGACUUCAGAUUACUUGUUCUCUCCCGCUUUAUUGAAAGAGUUCAAAGGUCAAGUUCCCGAUGGAAUCCGUAUCCGCCCAUUGAAAACCAGUGAUUACCAUGAUGGCUUCCUUGAAGUUCUCGCUCAGCUGACCAGUGUUGGUCAAAUAUCCGAGGACGAUUUUUUGAGCAGGUUCGAAACAAUGAGAACAAAGCCCCAAUCCUAUUACGUCGUUGUUUUGGAGAAUUUGAACACUGAAAAAGUAGUAGGAGCCGCCACUUUAGUAGUUGAAUGGAAGUUCAUCCACGAGGCUGGAUGUCGAGGAAGAGUUGAAGACGUUGUUGUAGAUUCGUCAAUGAGAGGAAAGAAACUUGGAGUGUUACUGAAUGAAAUCCUCGUUGACCUUGCCAAGAAAUUAGAGGUAUACAAACUCAGUUUGGAGUGUAAAGACUCUCUCAUAACUUUCUACGAGCAAUUCGGAUACAAAAAGGACGCUGGAAAUAACUUUUUAGUUCAGAGAUUUGAUGGAGACUUAAAGGCAUAA